CUGCUGCUGAGCCUGGCGGCCGUCGCGAGCGCCGAGCGCGGCAUGCGCCACGGCAUGCGGGCACCGAACGCCGCCAUGCCCUGCGACCACGAGCGUGACGAUGAUGGAGCGGCCGGCCUCAUGGCGGCACUGAACGAGCACUUCCAGCGCUCGAGCGAGAUGCUGCAGCGCUUCUUCAGCCUGGGGGCGCCCCAGGAGGCGGAAGACGCCACUGUGCGCAUCGUGCUGAUUGAAGAGGAGGAGCCGGAGGACCCGGCGCUGGAGAGGAAGCGCGCGUGCUUGAAGGCGCUGGAGAAGAUCCACGAGCAGGACGCGCUGCAGCAGCAGGCGGAGACGCUGAUGCAGUACUUCCGCUCGGCCUUCGGCACGGUCUCGCUGCAGCUCUGGAGCGAGUCCUCGUGCGAAGAUCUCGGCCGCCCGGAGCUCAUCGAGCAGUGCAACGUGGUGCUGAAGGCGGAGGACGUGGUGAAGAAGUUCCUGCAGGAGGGCAAGACGGACGACGAGGUGUGCGACGCCAUGUCGGCGGUCUCGGACUUGGAGGGGACGGACAACUUGUCGUGCAAGUUGUGCCAGAGGCUCGUGCAGAUGGUGGACCAAGCGCUGGAGCAGGAGGUGCAGCAGGUGGAGCAGGUCCGAGCCAUCAUCGGGGACCUGUGCGACGCCAUGGCGGCGGACUCCAUGUGCCACACGUUCCUCAAGAACUACGACGCCAUCGUGGACUGGCUGAAGCACGGUACGGAUCCGCUGGUGGUGUGUGCACAGGUUGCUAUGUGUUCGUCGGACAGCGGCAGCGCCAGCCAGAUUGAAGACGCGUCUGCGACUCCUGAAGAGCUCGAGACGGUUGAAGACGGAGCUCUGGUCACCCCUGACUUCUUUGAGGACGACCAGUCGUGCUUCUUCUGCACUCGUGUGGCUGGAGUCAUCUACCAAGUGAACAACCUUUUCCCGGAGCAGCUUCCGGCGCUGAAGGCUGUGCUGGGGAAUGUGUGCCAAAUGGCGUCGCCGGAGGCUAAAUGCCAAGAAGUGGAAGCCAACUUCGAUCGCAUUGUUCAGCUGGCUCAGCAGGGUCAGCAUCCCCACGAGAUCUGUGGAAGCAUGGAGUUCUGCCCCAUGAAGCCUCGCCAUGGAAUGCCCCCAUCCGAAAUGCUCGGUGACGACAAAACGUGCGUCUACUGCGAUGCUGCCACGACUGUUGUGGAGGUUAUCAUGCAAGAGGCCCCCGAGCAGAUUGACCAGAUUCGCGACUACGCUGACAUGAUCUGUGGUAUGCUGGGCGAUGACAGUCCCUGCCACGUGUAUGUCAACCAGUUGGAUACUGUGAUUGAUUCGCUGAAGAAGGGCGUGCACCCUCGUGACAUUUGCAAGGCGCUGAACUAUUGCUCUGCCGAAAGUUUGGACGCACCCCCACAAUUGGAUGAAAGCCCUCGUGUGGGUAUGAUGCGAAACGGACCUCUUGGAAUGCACCACCGCGUGGGUAUGAUGGGACCCGGGGGACAUCACGGCCGUCACGGUCGUCAUGGCAGAAUAGACAUGAUGCAUGGUGGUGAACACCCUCCGCAUCCUCCCCACCCACACCCCCACGGCAGUUGCUUCUUCUGCUCGCGCGUGGCCAUUGUUAUUCACCAUGUUAACCACACGUCCCCCGAAAAGCUGCCGAUCGUGAAGAAGAUCCUGACCAACGUGUGCCAACUGGUUCCGUCUGACUGUAAGUGCGAUGUUGUCGACAAGAACUUCGACAAGAUUGUGGAAAUGGAGAAGGAGGGCAAGCGCCCUCAUGAAAUCUGCAAGUCGCUUGGCGUCUGCAACAAAACGGAAGGCUGGCAGGAGGGUGCGCUUUCCAUCGCUGAUGAGAUGAAGGGCGUGGUCGUGGCUUCGCAAUGGCCGCCUGGAAAUGCUACGCAGUGUUCCUACUGCCAAUUCGCCACUACUGUGGCCAAAAUUGCGCUCCAGCAAUACGGUGCGAACAUCCGCCAGAUUCGCGCGUAUGCGGACAUGAUCUGCGAUAUGCUCGACUCGGACAAUCCGUGCCACGUGUACGUGAAAGAGUUUGACUUCGUUAUCGACUCAGUUACCAAGGGUAUGAGCGCUAAGGCGAUUUGCACGGAGCUGAAGUUUUGCACUGCUGCAGCGGCUGCAUUGCCGGCCUCCGAUGCCGAUCUAUCCGCUUUCAACCCGGCUUUGGUGCAAAUGGUGAAAGACUCGAUGGAGGUGUCAGUUGACGGAUGCUUCUUCUGCACGCAAGUGGCAUCCGUCAUUGAGGUGGCUGUGGCUGAAGACCCCAGCAAGAUUACGGAGAUCCGGCAAAUUGCUGACGUGGUUUGUGGAAUGCUCCCGAGCGACAACCAGUGCCACUCAUUCGUGAAGCAGUUCGAUACUGUGGUUGACUCUCUGCAGAAGGGCGAACAGCCCAAGGCAAUCUGUCACGAUCUGAAAUAUUGCACGACCGACACGAACCCUGCUAUGGCUAAGCUUGCGGGUCCUUCCUCUGAUAUGAUUGCGGUUCGAAGUGCCGAAAAGGGAAGCAGCACAUGCGCGUACUGCAGUGGUGUCGUUACUGUGCUCAAGUUCGCUCUUGACCAGAAGCCGGAACAAGUCAAGGAAAUGCGUGAGGCGGCUGGAAUCGUGUGCCAACUCCUUCCUGCCGACGAUAUGUGUCACGAUGACCUCAAGAUGUUCGACGAAGCUGUGACUGAUCUGCAAGCCGGAAAGGAGCCCCAAGAGAUUUGCCAGGCAUUGAAGUUCUGUACGGCUUUGGAAGAUUCGAGCUCGUUGAUGUCGGGUCUGCUUGACUUCAAGGGGUCAGAUUUCCUGCCCUCGAAAUGCACAACGUGCCAGCAGAACACAUUGCUGCUGGCGUCUCUGAUCACCCGUACAGAAAGCUUGGCCACAUUUGAGCGCGAGAUCAACUCCAUCUGCCGUUUGAUCCCGAAUUCUAGCGAGUGCGAGCUGCUGAUGAAGCACCAGGACGUGAUCAUCGAUUCGCUGAAGAAGAACGAAGAUGUAGAGACGAUCUGCACGCGUAUCGCUGCAUGUGAGCCUACAGCGGUGAAGGAAGUGCCGGAGGAAAAGUCGAUGUCGGUGGGCUGCCUGUUCUGCGAGUACACUGCCGAGCUUUUGAAGUAUGCCAAGGAUAACGAGAAGGCGCUUCACGAGGCGAAGGUGACCUUGGAAACAAUGUGCACGGUUCUGCCGCCACUUGCGCGCUGUGAUGCGCUUUCUUCCAAGUUCGAUGAGCUGGUGUCGCUGAUUCGCGAGGGGAAGAGUCCAAGUGAAGCGUGUAAUGCCAUUGCCCUGUGCGAUGCAGCCUUCGUCUAUUCGCCAACGUCAAGCAGUGAUGAGGACCCCAUCGAGCAAGCUUUCGAGAAAGCGCGGCAGAGUAUGGGCAACGUGAUGGAGAUCCAGUAAUGGGAUGCCUAUCUGCGACCAGCGCGAGUGGGGCGCGUUUUUUUCUUGUAGGUUUGACGAGUUCUUGGUGACGCCGUUUAAUCUUUUCUUCUUUACCUCACUGUUACCCAACUACGAAGGAACAAUGUCUUGAACGAAUAGCAUUGCAGCUUUUCUUUUCAAGCAAGAAUACUACAACUGAUCUCGUCUAGU